GACUUUUUCUCUCGUAGAUUAGCGAGGGAUUUCCAAACUUGUGUGAGUUGUUCAAGUGGUGGCAGUUCGUGCAUCUGUCGUAUAAAGACGUUGUUGGAUGGUCUUUACCACGAUUAACGGAAACUAUUGUAAAUCUUUACUAUGAAGUUGGAUCAGACAAGUGAUGAGUCGUCGAAUACGUUCCUGUCGAAGGUUUGUCGCCCGGUCACUGUGAUACACCAAACCAUAAUUGAUAAGCUCUAUCCGUAUAGGAUAACUAGAUGGCUAUUUGCGUUGCUGUUAUUUGCUAUUUACGUGCUCCGGAUAGCAUCUAUCCAGGGCUUCCAUAUAGUUAGCUAUACUCUCGCAAUAUAUUUAUUGAGUUUAUUCAUAUCAUUUAUUUCUCCAAAAGUAGAUCCUGCUGCUGCAGAUUAUUCGGAUGAAAUCCCUACACUCCCACGAACUGUAGGUGAAGAGUUCAGACCUUUUAUACCAAGAUUACUUGAAUCAAAAUUCUGGCUCUCCACCGUCCGUGCCGUUGCAAUCAGUAUAUUUUGCACAUAUCUUCCAUUCCUGGAUAUUCCAGUAUUUUGGCCGAUACUAGUAAUGUAUUUUAUAAUGUUGUUUGCUAUUAUGAUGAAAAAGCAAAUUAAGCAUAUGAUCAAAUAUCGCUACGUUCCAUUUACUUAUGGGAAACCGAGACCUGUCGGAUCAAACAAUAAGGAACAAGCAUCUCCUGUGAUUAACUCAUGACAUAUAAUUAUAAAUAAGUUGUCUUCUUAUCUCUCUAAAUCACUGUGCUUCUUCAUCUUUUGUUCAUUUUCGGUAUUUGUACAUAGUUGUUCUGAUCUUAUCUUUGCUCUGUAUAUGGAGUUUUGAUUGUAUUUUUAUGCUUUAAAAGAGGAUGUUGAUUACUGAAAACUAAAAUGUCUUUGUUUUACAUCACGUAGUUUGUAUAUUUCUUUUUGUCGUUGAAAUACCUCUUUUUUUUUCUAGAAUAAAUUUU